GCUGACAUUAAGGUAUUUGUUAUGCAGGGCUAAUACACCGACGCAGCCCGAUAUUUAUACGUGUGUUAUAAGUGGUGUAUUUACAUAGCGAGCAGAAAGCUUUCACAUUCUUCUAUUUUAUAUUCGGCAAGGGUUUUAUGUGUAUCAAGCAGUUGUAAAAACAUAAUACAAUUGAAUAUGCAGUUAUUCUUAACCGGAUAAGACUAGCGUGUGGAGUUUGUUACCGGACGUAAAUUGGAGUUUUUACCAACACUCAGAGAUACAAGAAUCAGCAUGGUAUAACACAGUCUAUCCAAGCGUAUAUAUGUACGUGUAAAUAUUAAUGGCUAGUAGGGGAUAUCCGACCACUCAACAGUGAACUAAGUGAUUUUGUGGAUAUUAAAUGCUGCUAUUUAUAGAUACAACCGCAGAUACUGUCUUCUCACUCGUUGAUAUUAUUUAUUCUUACAUCUUUUGACUUGCUGUAAACAACAACCAGAACGACAUGCUGUCAAACAUAUGAGUGGUGAAGAUUUUUUUAAAAGAUUUGUCCACGUUGGGAGAAUAGUUACUUGCCGAAGGAAUUAUCGUUGGGAACGGUAUCCUAAUCAAAGAAGGCGUCCCCCUGGCACUGAGACCGCGCCGUAACAACCAAUCAACUCAAUGGAAGUCACUGCCGACGCUACGGCUGCCGGUGACGGUUUCAACGACGACGCAAAUGACAAGAAACCAUUCGCUAAGGAUGCUAUCGAUGAGUCGCGGAAGGAGGCCGGAAGUGACGGCAGUCGGCGCCCAGCCAGACGUGUAUUGUACAUUCCUAAGCGGCUGAUAGUUACGGUGCUGCUAGGGAUGGGAAUGCUGCUGGUCUACGCCAUGAGGACGAACGUCGGGACGCUGGUAGUGAUCAUACUGGACAUGCAGGCACUUGAUAAGCUCGAAUCUGUCGACGUCAUACUCAACGUGCCACCUGUCCGAUGGGAUGCGCGUCAAGUGGGAUGGCUUCACAGCGUCUUCUAUGUGGGCUUUAUGGUCACCCAGAUACCGGCUGCCUUCGGGACCAUGAUGUGGCCCAGUCACAGGCUGUUCGGCGGCUGCAUCCUGGUGUCGGCGCUGUUCAAUCUGCUACUUCCGGUAUGCGUCGAGUACGACCAGUACGCGCUCACUUGCAUCAUACGCACGUGUCAGGGACUGGCAGAGGGCUGCCUGUACCCGGCUUGUUAUGGCGUGUUGCGUCACUGGGCGGCGCCGUCCGAGAGGAGCAGAAUGGUGUCCGCCGUGCUCUCGUGUUGUUACGCUGGGGCCAUUGUCGGUUUUCCCAUCGCAGGCGCAAUCACGCACUACCAAAGUUGGCAGUACAUUUUCUACUUUUUCGGCGGACUGUGCAUCCUGUGGUGGUUUCUAUGGGCGUUCUUCGCUUACGAAAAGCCCUCCCACCACGCCGACAUCAGCGACUCGGAGUUUGAAUUCAUGACGCAAUCGCAGGGUGAUGACAUCAUUGAUUAUGAGAAUGUAAAAAUCCCAUGGAAGUCCAUUCUGACGUCACUUCCCGUGGCCGCGAUUUGCCUGUGUCACUUCGUUCGUCAGUGGAUCCUAAGCCUCAUGUUGACCAACGAACCCCUGUAUCUGAGCAAGUUCGGCUUCAAUAUUGCUGAAGCAGGUGCUCUGGCCAGCCUGCCUCACGUGGCCAAGAUGGUGAUGUCGGUGGUGAGUGGUAUCGUGGCUGACCUGCUUCUCAACAAGAAGUAUCUAACCACCACCGUCGUUAGGAAAAUACUCGUUGGCGUUGGUUUCGGCCUUGAGUGCGUGGGUUUCCUGGUACUGACCGCUCUGUCCGGCGGCUUAGCCGUCAUCAUAGUCCUCACCAUGUCCAUAGGGGCGUUUGGUCUAACCACCUCAGGUUGGUCAGUGAAUCACUACGACCUUUCAACCCGUUAUGCCAGCGUCCUUGUAGCGGUGACCUCGACCUUUGGCACCAUUGGUGCCAUCCUUGUUCCCAUAGCAAUAGGCCACCUGACCGUUAAACAGGACCUUGCUGGCUGGGCCAACGUGUUCUACCUUACUGCAGGCAUUAUACUACUGGCAACUAUCUUCUUUCUCAUCUUUGGCUCCGGCGAAGCUCAGAGGUGGUCCAACCCUCCAGCAAACUUCUGCCUCAUUCAGAAAAUUGAUCCUUUGGCCAGAAAACCAUACAAGGCCCUCCAGGUUCAAAACUGCCCACCCUGUAAGACUGGGUAUACGCCAGUAGGCAAAAACACAACUGUGAUCGCGAGGCAAUCUGAUACAAUAUUACAACCAGUUGCCAAUGGUGAUGGGACGGCGGACAAAAAGGGAAAUGAUGUGUCUAAUCAUGAGGCCAAUGAUGUUCAUAAUAGUGGCAACAUGGAAGUUAUUCUCAUCUCUAAAGAUUCUAUAAAUGAUGAGUUGGAACUGGAGUCAAGUUUUGUCGUUAAAGGCCACCAAAGUAAGGUAGCAGUAGAUGGUGAGGUAAAACCCGAACCUGGUCCAAUUAUGGACCAAUCCAAAAGCUAUAAUAGUGAGGAAGUGAAAUGUUUUAUGGUCAAUUCUGAAGCUAAUAGCGAUGACAAAGGGUCUGAAUCUCCGUUACACGCCAGCGAGGGACAACCUUAUAGCAAAGCAAAUACAUCUGUUGUUGAUGAUAUCAGUGCUCUAGCCAGUGUUUGCCAUCAGUCAGAAAAGUGCAGUACAUUACAGGGUAGUAUAGGUGACAAACCACCAGUCAAAAUAACGGGGCAGUUUCAUCAUCCACUAGAACACUGUAGUGAGAAUAAAGAUGGUACCAAGCAAUCUGUGAAAGAUGAAGGAACUGACACACCUGAUGGUGACACCAAUAUAGGGCAAUAUAAUGAAGCUAUGCAAGACAUGGGCCUGAAAAAUGGGCCCAAGAAAGGUGAAAGUAAAACAGAGUCCUUGGCUCUUCAGACAGAGAUAGAUUUUGCUUUGAAUGAACAUUUGAUUGAUUAAGAUAUCAAUUAGGAAUUUUGUUCUGAUAUUUAUAGUUUAUAGUACCGUUAUUUCUUGUCAUAAAAUAUUCUUGGUGUUAGAGAACAAUUUUCAGGCAAAUGAUUAUGUUUCAAUCAGCCCUUUAAACUAGUUUAUAGUGGACUGGAUAUGCAUUUUAAUGUACUGUAUGCUUUUAGUUAUUAUUAGUAGUUUGAAAAUAAAAUGUUACGUUUUU